AUGCCAUCAAUGGAAGCCAAUAUCAUUCUCCAAAAUGACGGAGACAUGGAAAGAUACGAAUCAUCACUUGUCAAAUUUAUGGAAUCAAUGGAAUCCAAUGUGUGCUAUGAAAGAACCAUUUGUGAUCAAUUGUCCCUAGAAACAAUCGACUUUAAAAAGAAUCAAUUAACCUAUGUAAUGGUAGUUCCAAAGGAAUUUUGUAACUUGCUAAAUACUCUUCAUGGUGGAAUCAUUGCAUCUCUUUGUGAUGUUGUAAGUUCAAAUGCAGUUGUUUUAUUUACCAAUGAUACCAAACAAAGUUUUAGUAUAGAUCUUUCUAUAAACUAUGCAACUGCUGCACCAUUGGGCCAACCAAUUACAAUUGUUUCCAAUGUAUAUAAAAUUGGUAAAAAACUAGUCUUUACUGAAACCACCAUAUCAAAUACCUCUGGUGUUUGUAUCGCAAAGGGAACUCAUAACAAAUAUAUCAGAUAA